AUGAAUAGACAUGAUUUUUACAUUUCAAACAAUGGUGUGAAGUUUGGAAUAACCGUAAAAUCAUGGUCAAUGGUUAAGAUCAAAUGUGAAGAUAAUAAUUGGAACGAUUUUACUUUUAUGAGAAUACCAAAAAGCAAUGAAGUCGAUUUAGUGAAAAAUUUUCGUACUUUGAGAUUCCUUGAUUUGUCUGAAAAUUCUCUAGUUUUAAGCAAAGAUACUUUUAAUGAAACUUGGAAUCUUGAUAAACUGUAUUUACAUGGAAAUGGAUUAACAGAGCUUCCUCUUUAUAUAUUUCAUAAACUACUGCAUUUAAGAGUUCUAAUGCUUCAAAGAAAUUCAUUAAAUCUUCCAUCAGAAUUGUUUCAAAAUAAUAAAAAAUUAAAAAGAUUAUUAUUUACCAAUAAUAAAGCAUUAUUACCAACAUUGACGGGUGAUCUUUUAACCGAUUUAGAAAAUCUUGAAAUAAUCCAUUUAAAAAGAAAUGGAUUUACGAGUCUACCAGAAAAUCUUUUCUGGGGUUCAACAUCGUUAAAAUACAUCGAUUUAAAUGAGAAUUAUCUUGAAGAAUUACCCGAAUUAAUCUUCUUUGAUCUAGUAGAAAUUGAAUAUCUCUUAUUAAGUCGCAAUCAGAUUAAGAUACUUCCCGAUGAAGUUUUUAAAUAUCUUAAAUAUUUAGAAGUACUCGACUUGUCUUAUAAUCGUAUCGUUUACGUUCAAAGAAUUUUAUUAGAAGGUUUGACAUCGUUAAGAGAACUUUACAUGGAAGGAAAUAGAUUGAUAAAUAUUCAUAAUGAAGCAUUUUUAACCAAUGAACAACUAUCUAUUGCUAAGUUCUCAUAUAAUCAGCUACAGUUUAGUUAUUUUAAUAACAAGAUGUCACCUUUUCUUAAUAAUCAUCUUCUUAAGGAAUUGCAUUUAGCGAACAAUCGAAUAAACAAAUUUUUUUUCGAUUGGACAAUAAAUAAAGUAGAGUUAGAAUUCUUAGAUUUGAGUUACAACAACAUUAGUGUAAUAUCGGCAAAUGACUUUGUUUUUACGUCGAACAAAUUUGUAGUUGAUCUAAGGCAUAACAACAUAAACAAUAUUUUACUAACUAAUAUCGAAAAUUUGGCAAUAUAUAAUACUGAAAAACGUCAUGUUAUUGUUCAAGUCGAAAACAACUCGUUAUCAUGCGAUUGCAGUUUAUAUGACGUUGUGCGUUAUUUUAACGGUGAUAUGCCUGUUACUGUUUAUAAUUUCUUUGAACUUAGAUUGGGAAACUUAACGUGUGUGAAACCCAAUGGAAUACAAGGGCCGCAAAUUAAUCAGUUGGAUUUUAAAACCUACCAAUGUCCCGAGGAUGACUAUUUUCAAAUUGAGAAAAAUUGUCAAACUAUGUGUAGCUGUAAUAUACGACCGUAUGACAAAAUGCGUGUUUUAGAUUGUUCGUACAAUAAGAUUUCUUUAUUCUUUAUCGACAAGAAUAAAAUGAAUAUGAAGGGAAAUUAUCCAUUAACAUUGAAUCUUACAGGAAAUAAUUUAAGAUUUAUACCACCACUCAAUGAUUUAGAAUCAUUUAAUUUAACACAUUUAUUGUUAUCUAAUAACAAGAUUUCACACUUAGCAGUGUAUAGAUUACCAAAAUCUAUCGAAGUAUUAGAAUUACAUAAUAAUCAUCUAUCAAGCAUGAAUCACGGAGUAAGUGAAUUCUUGCUUAAUCAAAAUUACAAAGAAUUAACUUUGAGCGGUAAUCCAUUUAUAUGUGAUUGCGCUUCUAAAUAUUUACAUGAAUUAGUUUCGAAAAAGCAAAAAUAUUAUAAAGAUCUAAAAAAUGUGAAAUGUAAGGACCAUAAUAUUCCUUUAGUUAAAAUGACCGUUAAGCAAUUGUGUCUAUCUGAUGUUCCACUUGAAAAAAUCAUCAAAAUUAUGGAAUAA